AUGUCUGAGGUGAGCGACCCAUACGACUCAUGGGAUUCUAUAUCACGGGUCAACUUCACGCGUAGAAAUGGUGUCAAUGUACCGGGAAUACGCAUGGUUGAUGCGGCAGAGGGGUUGCUUGUUUUGGAGUGGAUUGAUGCAAAAAGUGUGCGGUCCUUGUUGGGCGGUGGUGCCGAAGGGGGGGAAGAAUCUUCUCCUGAAGUCUCUUCCCUUGAAGACAUUUCUCCUGAUCAGGUUCAAGAUGAGCCAGAAGAUAUACUUCUAGAGAGCUGUGGCGUAAGACAGGCAGAUGAUGUUAUGUCCAUGAUCGGCGCAGAGAUCGCCAAAAUGCAUCAGGCCGAUAUCAUUCAUGGAGAUCUUACGACCUCAAAUAUGCUGCUACGGGGUCCCUCAUCGCAGAAAAACCUACAGCUGGUAUACAUGUCUCUCCAUGUCUGUUCUCCGUAUACCUCAACAUUGACCGAAGAUAAGGCUGUCGACCUUUAUGUUUUGGAGCGCGCUUUCUCUUCCACCCAUCCUGCCUCAGAGCCGCUGUUUGCUUUAGUACUCAAAGCAUACCAAGACAAGAUGGGUCGGGAGUGGACGGCUAUAUCGAAAAGACUAGAUGAUGUACGAUUACGGGGACGAAAGCGUAGCAUGGUUGGAUGA